GGAGAGAAUGUAUGAUCAACUUUAUUCAAAUUAUUCAAGCAACAAAUAUAUUUACAACAAAUGCCCAGACGAAUUUAUUCAAUCUUUUUGUUCAGUUCCCCAUGCAAACGACUUUGAAUGGGUAUCAGCAAGAUUUUCACCACAUUCUCAACAGGAACACAUUUUUGUUUUGGGAAAUGAAAUGGGAUCUAUUGCUUUAUUCGACGCAAAAGAAGAUUUAGAUAAAUAUAAAUUUAUUAGAAGAGGUAGUCGUAUUCAUAGCGUCAUUUUGGAUUUUUGCUUUUUACCUGAAAUUCCAGAAUGGUUAAUUGCUUUAUCAGGCAAAUCACACAUUCAUUUAAUUGAUAUUACAAAUGGAAAGCCAAUUUCUUGUCUUGUUGGGCAUUCAUGUUCUGUUAGAUGUGCCAGUGUUUGUCCUGGAAAUCCAAUUUCUGGCUCUCGUGAUGGUUCAAUCCUUGGAUGGGAUUUGCGCUCCCCUCCUUAUGAGCAAAUAACAAUUGAUGGCUCCGAAUGGGGAGCUUUAGCUCCAUCAAGAACUUUUGCAUUUGCGCAUGAAUCUCCUGGAGGCUUAUUGCAUUUUGGAGAGAAUUAUGUCAUUUCUUCAUCCUCCUCCGCUUCAAGCGGGAUUCGAAUUUGGGAUUUGCGUUAUAUUACUGGUGCUGCUUUAAGAACUCUCAAAGUUCCACAAGAAGAAGGAGGAAAAGAGCCGGGAAUAGCGUCAAUGUGUUGGGAUCGCUUUAAUUCUUCAUUCUUUGCUUCAUGUACAGAUGAUAAAAUACAUGAAUUUUUGCCGGUAUCUAGCUGUGAUUUACCAGUACGCUCCUUAAAUGGACAUGGUAUUGAUUCAUUCUACGUCCAAUGUGCCACAUCUUCCAUUUCCGAUCAUUUAAUUUGUGGCUCAUCUCGAAAUAGAGCGUACGUUUGGGAUUUACAGGAAAGUCGUAACUACCGGCAAAACCUUUUUAAAAGUUCAAAUAAAAGUUUUCUUCCAAAUCCAAAAUUUGCAUUGGAAGGAAAUGAAUUCGAGUUUGAAUGUGUUCAAUGGAGUCAAAGCGGAAAAUACUUUCUUACUCUUGGUCGCGAUUAUAUUCGGAUUUGGUCCAAUAAUGAAAGAACGGACAAUGAAUAUUCAAAGGAGACUUCUAGUAAAACUGGAAUUCCAAUCAAAUUUGAUUACCCAACUUUGUUACCGCCAAUACAAAAUGAGAAUAUGUUGGACAAUCAAACAAUAAAUGAAAUAAAGUGUUCUUUGAAGCUAACAAAUUUUGAUGGAAGAAGUACACCUCCCAACUUUAUUUUUGAUGACAAAAAAUCUUUCUUGGAGGAUUUACCAGCUAUUUAUUUCUCUAAAAAAGAGAAUUCUCUUUCUCAAAAUCAAGUGUCUUUCAACUUUACAACUCCAAAAAAGCUUGUUUUGAAAGGGAAUACAACAUUUACUCCUGCCAGUAAAAUAUCUAGAAUUGAAGGUAACGAAAAUCAACACAGAACUCCAGGAAAAUCAAGGAAUUUAUCAGCCUCUUUCCAAAAUCAGAGAACGCCUGGGAGCAGUGGAAAAAAGCGACGGUUUUUUUCAGAAAAAUUUUUUUAAUUUAUUUUUUAGUCGUCCUUCCCCAAAAUUAUCCAGUCAACUUCGUUCAAAAGGUGUUAAGUGUAGUCAAAGACUUUUAAAACAUAAUAAAGAAGAAAAAAGUUCUCCUUCAAAUACUCCAAAUGGUAUUCUUAAAUAUUUGUCACCUGUGGAGAAUAAAAGCAAA